CUUAAAUCCACCGCGGUAGUCAACUCGCGAUCAAUGAUAAACAAACAACACCUCGUCCCAAUAAUCAUUCGCUAUUGUUCGCUAUCAAGCCAUAUCGGAAUGUGAAGUCUCCGACCGCGAAAGUUGUUCCACUGCAACGCUAGACGUGCAAUUAGACAAUUUGGACUAUUGGAACUUUUCAUGACACCGUUCGCACCGAACAAUGGCGGUUUUUGAUUCAUUAUCCAAUGAAGUUCUAUUUAUAAUCAUUGAUUUCCUUCCAUCCUCGCGCGAUUUAGCAACCCUAGCUCGCACAAGCUGGCGGUUACAUCUACUGGCCAACCCGAUUCUCUAUGGCCGGAACAGAGAUGAAGAGAAUUCAUCUGCUGUCCUCUGGGCUGCUCAACAUGGGAGAAUUGAAACACUCAAAAAAGCACAUACCUUUGGGCUAGACCUCAACCCUGACGUUUCUGAGAUUAUCGAUUACGAAUCCCACUUAGCUGUGCAGAGAUUUAUUCCCGAAGAUGUGUUAGGCGUUCAAUAUUUCGUAACUGUAGCCAUGUCAAGUAUCAUCCUUGCAAUUGACCAAGGACACAGGGCUACGGUCGCUUGGCUGGUAGACCACGGUAUCGAAAUGGAUUUCUUAUCUCAAUCAGACCUUCAUCAUCCCAUGGCAUACUCGGCGCUAUUAGCUGCUUUAAUACUCAGACAGGCUUCGGUAGCCUGCUUACUUAUCGAGAAAGGCGCAUGUCUCGACUUCCCAUCCUCACCAACGGGGGUACUCGAGCAUACGGGAUACACAGACCGAGCCUUUCCCGCGCCCCCGAAGCCCGUCUCAGCUCUUCAUAUAGCUGCUGACCUUGGCCUGGUUUCCGUGAUAGAAUUCCUGGUGCAGAGGGGAGUUGAUAUAAACACGAUCGAUGGGAUGGGCGAUACAUGCCUCAACUACGCCGCCAGAAGCGCCAAAGAAGAUCCGCGAGUAAUUAGCGAGUUAAUAAGGUUCGGUGCCGAUGUGAACCAUAAUCAGGGAGAUUGCAGCCCUCUUUGUGAUGCUCUUUACAUGGGUAAACUAGAUCACGCGCUCGCCCUAAUUGAUGGUGGCUCUAGACUAGACCACCUUACGCUUUCUGAUGUGGGUCCGAUCCAUCUGUGUACAUGGCGGGAAGUUGAAUGGAGAUACAAGCCAGGUGGGAAUGAGAUGAUGGGAUCCUGUGGAGUAGACCCUCGCAGGUCUACUUUGCUGCAGAGGUUCAUUGAUCUAGGUGCAGACGUCAACGGAAUGGUUGGCCAAAGACGGACGCCGUUGGGGGAGGCCAUCCUCUCGGGGUCUCCCGGUACAGUAGAGAUGCUUAUUAAUGCAGGCGCCGACGUGAACAGAGACAUAGGGGAUGGAAGACUUCCAGUGCGCGUGGCGUGGGAGCUUGAUGAAAAGGACGAUUGGGAUAAUGAUUUCGAAAUCGAUGCCCUCAAAAAAAUAGAAAUACUCCUAGAAAAUGGCGCUCGCAUUGACUCGCGGUUUGGCGAGAAUGAGGACAGUCCGAGUAUUCUAGAACAUGCAGCCAAAUAUUAUGCACAAAUGGUGGAAUGGAGGAGCAGUGAGUGGUGGUGGCAUGAUCUUUCUGAAGACGACGACGAUGAUGAAGAUCACAACUAUCCAGCACGAAAAUUUACUACGCUACUUCAUUUGGCGUCCAUUAAGAAUAUGGCACCGGAACACAUCGACGAAGUACUAGCAGCUUCUGUUAAACGCCAAUCCUUUCGGUGUUGUAAAUUACUCCUGAAAUAUGGAGCAAAACUACGAAACGGCUCGGAUGAUGUGCUUGCUUGGGCUAUGAAAGAAAUUCGGCGGCAGCCAAGAUGCCCUGAAAUGCCCAACGAAGUAGAUACAGACUAUCUCGCUCUCACAUAUUCGGCAGACUUUGAACCAUUAAUGACAAUGCUACUGGAUCUUGGUUUGCCAUUCAAAGAAAUGGACAAGCUGUUCACACAAGCCUUGGUUUGCCGGGAUCCGCGGGUAGCGCACAUGAUUUUGGAUCGCGGUAUAACUGGGAAGGGCCCGGGUCACGAUCCAAAUAUCUGGCUUCAAAAAGCAGCAUCUUGGGGUAACGUUGGAAUUAUACGCAAGCUACUGAGGGGUUCACCAGAUGUAAAUGGCUUCGAUUCCAAAGGAUGUUUGCCUCUGACACGGGCCAUACGAGUCAGGAAUCGGCUUGCCUCCUUGUUGUUGAUAGAAUAUGGCGCUGACCCGUAUUUGGCUACCACGAUAGGUAAAGGUCAAGGAACGAAACAAACCCUGAAGCCCAUCCAACAUGCGAUCCGGCUUGGUCGAAUCGAUAUUCUCAAGGAUAUUCUUAAGUAUCGCCCGCGAGCGCUUACAGAGGAAGAGAAAUGGGUGCCCGCUGUAUUACGGUUGGCACCGGAGAUAGCUGAGCUGCUAGAGCGAAGUGCUUCUUAGGGGGUAUGGUCUAUUGUAAUUUAUAUCAUGUAUCAUUAUAGAUUUGGGACUUUUGGUGGGUGGAUUAGGAGGUAAACUGUGCUAUGUUCGGAUCUCAAAAUAUUUCCUUCAACUUUUAUGGCGCGAGCUUACUAUUACGGUAACGAGAAAAUGGCUACCCAACUACGUUCAAUAUAUAGAAAGGAAAUAAUAAGGGAUAGAGUCAGCGUUAUCAAGUGUGCAAAUAGUCGUGUAUGAGUAAUUCAACUAUCCUAAAUGA